AUCACAGACCUCAGCACCUUUAUGACGCCAGAAGCUGUGGUUGUACACGGCUUUAAAAGCAAGCGCGUAACAUAGAGCAGCAUUUCUACUUACUCAGAAAAAGAAGUAUAUCUCAGCGAUGGCAAGAACCAAGCAGACCGCUCGUAAAUCCACCGGUGGUAAAGCCCCGAGGAAGCAGCUCGCUACUAAAGCCGCUCGGAAGAGCGCCCCAGCCACCGGCGGCGUCAAGAAGCCCCACCGUUACAGGCCCGGGACCGUGGCUCUCCGAGAGAUCCGCCGCUAUCAGAAGUCCACCGAGCUGCUGAUCCGCAAACUGCCUUUCCAGCGUCUGGUGCGAGAGAUCGCUCAGGAUUUCAAGACGGACCUGCGCUUCCAGAGCUCCGCUGUCAUGGCCCUGCAGGAGUCCAGCGAGGCUUAUCUGGUCGGCCUGUUCGAGGACACCAACCUGUGCGCCAUCCACGCCAAGAGAGUCACCAUCAUGCCCAAAGACAUCCAGCUGGCCCGCCGCAUCCGCGGAGAGCGCGCUUAAACCCGCCGCUGACAAACACCCCAAAGGCUCUUUUAAGAGCCACCUACAUCACUCUGAAUGAGACCGUUUCCAUUUUAACUCCUUACAUGAAGCAUCGAAAAUAACAAUACCUUAACAUCUGAAGAAUAUUCUGCUUCGCAUUAAACUUUACGUGUUUGAAGCUUUAGAUCAUCGUUACUUUUAAGAAUAAUCACAGGCGAAACGGCAGGUUGUGUUAACAAUUUUUAACCCUGUUGUGUAAGGGGUAGUUCUCUAAACAAAUUAUAAGAAGUAAAUACCUUAUGCUUGUGAUUGUGUAAUGUAUAGGUAAAGAUAAUUCUGUUAUAUAUGGGGGAGUUUAGCCGUACCGAUUUGUUUUCAUGUGAAACCCUCCGUUGACUUUAAGACACAUUCCUGCAGCUCAAGACAACCAAAGCAUGACUGGACCUCUACAAGUGAGAUCGUUAGGAAGAUGAAAACUUGAAAAUAGAUGGGUAUAAUAACCGUGAUCCUGUGAAUUUACUUUAAAAUACACUCUAAACCGCAGUGGUUAUGUUACCCCCAACUUGAAGUGAAGUGACAUUCAGCCAAGUAUGGUGACCCAUACCCGGAAUUUGUGCUCUGCAUUUAACCCAUCCGAAGUGCGCACACACAGAGCAGUGAACACACACCCGGAGCAGUGGGCAGCCAUUUGUGCUGUGGCGCCCGGGGAGCAGUUGGGGGGUCGAUGCCUUGCUCAAGGGCACCUAAGUCGUGGUAUUGAAGGUGGAGAGAGAACUGUACACCCCCACCCACAAUUCCUGCCGGCCCGGGACUCGAACUCACAACCUUUCAAUUGGGAGUCUGACACUCUAACCAUUAGGCCAUUAGGCCCAGCUUGAAUAUAUAUUACACAUAAAUACACAUAUUUGAAAAUGAUUAACAUUAUAGAUGGUAAGAACCUGAAGUUUAUGAAAUAAAGAGCAAGAUGAAGUAUAUUUUGAUCACAAAGCAAUCCUAACAAAACGCUGCUG